AUGGCAGCUCCCGCAGAGGUUCCGCCACCUCUGCAGGGUAUACCGACGGCGAAGGAGAAGAAGUAUGAUCGGCAACUACGCUUAUGGGGCAUCAACGGCCAAGUCGCACUGGAAAGUACACACAUCGUCCUCAUCAAUAAUGGACCUGGCGUGACUGGCGUGGAGACUCUGAAAAACCUCGUCCUCCCAAAUGUCGGCGAGUUCACCAUCAUCGACUCCGCCAUCGUUUCCGAGGCAGAUCUUGGCGUCAACUUCUUCCUGGAGGAUGCUUCGCUUGGGAAGUUUCGUGCGGUGGAGGCGGCGAGGUUGCUAGAAGAGCUGAACCCAGGCGUGAAAGGUCAUGCCGUCACGGAGCUGCUUGAGACUCUCAUCACACAGGAGAAAGCGCUGGCGGACUACAACCUCAUCAUCGUAGCAGCACCGAUAGACCCGGCCAUCCUCGCCAAGAUCCAAGCACAUUCGCAACAGUACCGCAUACCAACCUUCUACCUUCACUCCGUCGGCUUCUUCUCGUCUUUCUCCGUCUAUCUACCGCCAACAUUUCCGAUCGUCGAGACACAUCCAGAUCCGACGUCCACGACAGAUUUGCGCUUACUAAAGCCAUGGCCAGCACUAUCAGCUUUCGCGAAAGAGAAGCUGAAAGGGCUCGAGGAAGGGACGAUGGCGGCGCACGACAAGGCACACAUCCCAUGGCUCUGCUUGCUGCUGCAUUACCUCGAGAAGUGGAAGCAAGCGCAUGAUGGAAAUGUGCCAGAGGCUUUCAAGGAGAAGACGGCAUUCCGAGAUACAGUACGAGCAGGCGACUACAACGAGGAGAACUUCGAUGAGGCAUGCGCGGCUGUUCUAAAAUCGCUGAAUCCACCAACACCACCGAGCGACGUGCGAGACAUUCUCUCCGCACCGGAGACACAGAAUCUCGACAAAAGCUCCGCACCCUUCUGGCUGAUCGCAAACGCCAUCAGCAAGUUCUAUCAGGAGCAUGGUCAACUUCCACUCCCCGGCGCCGUCCCGGACAUGAAGGCGGUAUCAGCGGAUUACAUCAUACUCCAGAACAUCUACAAAACCAAAGCACGACAAGACAGUGCCGAAGUCCUCGCUACCGUCCGCGAACUUGAGAAGCAGCUUGGGCGCCCUCAAAACUUUGUCCAGGACGCAGAAGUCGAGAAUUUCUGCAAAGGCGCCGCUCACAUUCAUCUCGUCCGUGGCCGAUCCAUCCAGAUCGUCGAGGCAGGGAAAGCUAUUCAAUUUGGUGAUAGAGCUAAAGCUAUAGCGAAAGAACUUACCAACGACGAGAGCCUGAUUGGUCUACACAUCGCAUUCCUCGCGUGGGACGAAUUUGUUGCAACACACCAUACCUCCUCGCAGGUCGCAGGGGGUCAAGGUCUCAAAGUCCCAGGUAGCGGCACCGACGACUUCGAGGCCGAUGCUGAGAAAAUGACUGGAAUCGCGCACAAGAUCGUUGACAAUCUCAUCAAAGAAGCUGAGACGUUCGUCGAGGAUCCGGAGUACUCGCAAAUCAAGGAGAAGAUAGCGAAGUUCUGCACCGAGAUUUUGAGGGCUGGGGGCGGUGAGUUGCAUAAUAUCGCCUCGUUGACUGGUGGGUUACUGGCGCAAGAGGUGAUCAAGGUCAUCACGAGGCAGUAUGUACCCAUUGACAAUACCUGUCUGUUCGAUGGCGUCGCUAGUCGAACACGGGUGCUCCGUAUUUGA